UUCGUGGAGGGUUAGCCCGAGUGCAGCGAUUUUUCCGCGCCAUCGACACAAAGGUGCAAAGUGGUUUGUGGCGAGUUCUCGGUGUUGGCCGGCUCAAGGUGUUGGGUGUAGGGGAAACAGUGUCGAGUACGGUGGCUGGCAUGACCGUGCAAGACGAGGUUAGGACAAUGCCUCAGACCGCAGCCACGCGAUCGCGUUUUAUGAUCACGGACAUACUGAGUGGGCCCGCCGACGGGGCGGCGAUCAUCAGGGGCCGCUCGCCCAGCCCGGGACCGAGGGACCUCUCACUACACUCCAACCCCAUCCACGACAGUGAUACGGACAGUUCGGGACACCCGGAUAACUCCAGCGUAUGCUCGAACGGCCAGGCCGGCGACGAUUCGUUAAACUCCUCCAAGGGCUCGAACGGUGCAAUAAACAAGAAACAGAGGAAAGCGCGGACGGCGUUCACGGACCUUCAACUGCAGACCUUGGAGAAGAGUUUCGAAAGACAGAAGUACCUCAGCGUCCAGGACAGGAUGGAGCUGGCGGCGAAAUUGAGCCUUACGGACACACAAGUCAAAACGUGGUACCAGAACAGGAGGACGAAAUGGAAGCGCCAGACCGCCGUCGGCCUCGAAUUACUCGCAGAGGCGGGUAACUACGCCGCCUUCCAGCGCCUGUACGGCGCGCCCCCGUACGGCUGCUGGUACCCCCCACAGAGCGCCGGUCCCACGGCCGCCCCCAGCGCCGCCGACAUCUACUACCGACAGGCGGCGGCCGCCGCCGCCGCCACCCUCCAGAAGCCCCUCCCUUACCGCCUCUACCCGCCCGGCAUGGGCCUGGGCAUCCCCGGGCCCAGCGCGCACCUCGGCUCGCUCGCCGCCAGCAGCUCGCUGAGCACGCUCUCCAGCUACUACUCCAGUCCCAGCGCGGAGGGCCCGUCCCCGCGCUCCCCCAGCCCCGACGCGCCGCUCGACCCCGGCUCGCCCGGAUCCGGGGGGCGGCGGACGCCCUCCGAGGACGAGGACACCAUCCACGUGUGAGGGCGGGGGACCACAUUGUGAUAUAAAGUGUACUAUAGCUAUGGACCUGUUAUUUAUUUGCGCUUUUACGUGUCGUGUAGAUUGUAUAGACAGAGCUGGACGAUUCUCUGGAGGGAGGAGUGACCGGGGGGUUCCAGGAGAGGAUGUAUGUGUACAUGUACGGAUUGCACUUUCGUUGUAAUCGUUUUAUUUUUGCUCGAUGAGUAUGUUUAUUCAUGUUAUUAUUAGAAAAUAUAGAAUAAAGGAUUUUAAGUUUUUA